CUCCUCCCUCCCGCCCGCCCGCCCGCCCACCCGCCGCCGCCUCUGUUCCGCCCAUCCACCGCACCUAGGCAGCCCCUCGUCACAUGGAAGCCGACGUCCCCAUUGCCACGGCUACCCCCAGGUUCGCAUCACUCCCCAAUUCCACUUCUUCCCCCCUCGCCACCGUCAGCUGCCUGGUCAAAUUCUGUCAAAGAUUCGGGCUUUCCUCGUCAAUUUCGUGCUCUAAGACUGGUUGCGAAUGUCUACCAUGGUUCUGUCGUGGGUCAUGAUUGGAUACUGCUUCCUAGUGCCAGUGCUCGGUGCUUGUCGAGAUUAGAUGCGCUGCGCAUCUGGAGCCUCGGAUUCGAGAUGCCUCGCUAGCUUUUAAGUCGUGGCCGUAUUUGUUUAGCUCAAUCUCCCUCCCUAUGUGAGUGUGACACUCCUUUAGUACUCAAUCGAAACCAUCCAGCUUUAUCUUCCAGAGUCGGAGUGUCAUCGUCUAGUAUUGUGGUGCUUACGAGCAAGAUUGCUGGGGUUCAUGGCGUACCAUGUCUCCCAUACCACUUGCCUCUUUUCGUCAAAAUUCAAUUUCCCAGGGAUGGCCAUCUACUGGAUUUGUUCUUGUCUUGUUUCAUAACCAUAGGCUGGGGAUGGGGAAGCUUCUCUCGUGGACCCUGCUUUUUCGAAGAUUGGCUAUUGCAUUGCCCAUUGUGGAAAGUGAGAUGUAUAGGAUACUAUUUUUUUGUUCGUUCCACUAUAUUGGAAACAUUGAAUCUUUCCAGCUUCUGUGCAGUAUUCCUUGUUUUGGUGUAAUGUUAGGAAUAAAGCUCCAAAAGAAUCUCAACAAUCACUGAUGUGGGCGACUCCAGGUACCGAGCGGGUGUUAGCCGUUAGCUGCACCUGGAGACACUGACUUGGAGUUCUCGAAGGCUUUGGAGAUUGCCAAGAUGAAGAGUAGAUUUAUCAUUCUUUGUGUGAUGGCCUGUCUAAUGGCUCAGCUAGGAGCUGCCAAUGUCGUGCUAAUGGGGAAUAAUCUGACCUUGUCGUUUGACGACAUCGAGGCAAGCUUUGCUCCAGGGGUGAAAGCAUCAGGAGUUAAUGGCAUAGUUUAUACUGCUGAACCUUUAAAUGCCUGCGGCCCGUUGACAAUCAAAGCAGUUGAGGGCCCCCCGUCUCCCUUCGCCUUGAUUAUAAGAGGUGGAUGCACAUUUGAUGAGAAAGUAAAAAAUGCACAGGAUGCUGGAUUCAAAGCUGCAAUCGUAUAUGACAAUGAAAAUAGUGGGGUUCUGGUUUCAAUGGCUGGAAGCUCAAGUGGUAUUCAUAUAUAUGCUGUGUUCGUAUCAAAGGCCUCUGGAGAGGUGUUGAAGAAGUUUUCAGGCCAUGCUGAUGUAGAGGUGUGGAUACUACCUACAUUCGAGAACUCAGCCUGGUCGAUCAUGGCAAUCUCAUUCAUAUCGCUACUUGCCAUGUCUGCCGUAUUAGCUACAUGUUUCUUUGUGAGAAGGCAUCGAAUAAGGACGGACCACCCUAGAAAUCCGGAAGCUCGAGAAUUCCAUGGAAUGAGCAGUCAGUUAGUUAAGGCAAUGCCAAGUCUUAUUUUCACAAAAGUGCAAGAAGAUAACUGCACAUCAUCAAUGUGUGCCAUUUGCUUGGAAGACUACAAUGUUGGAGAGAAGCUUAGAGUGCUGCCUUGCCGUCACAAGUUCCAUGCAUCUUGUGUGGACUUGUGGUUGACUUCGUGGAGAACAUUCUGUCCUGUAUGCAAGCGAGAUGCAAGCAGUGGAGUAUCAGAACUUCCUGCCACAGAGACUACCCCAUUACUUUCUUCUGCUGUUCGGUUACCUUCCCAGCCAUCUUCAUCCCGGUUGAGUGUGGGAGCAUCCCCUCCGAGACCAAUAAGCCGGCAUCCUUCAUCUCAUUCGGUUUCUCGUGCUUACUCUGUUUCUAGUACCCCCCAGUCUCCCAACCCCUUCAGAUCUUACACAAACUCUCCUGGCAUCAGUACAAGCAGAAGCAACGCAGACCUUGCGAAUAUGUCAUCUCCCCACCCUCGAAUCUCAUAUUUGUCGUCGACACACUCCCUUGUUGGCAGCCACUUGUCUCCACCAAUCAAUAUAAGUUAUUCAUCACCCCAUGUAUCCCGGUUUGGCCACGGAUCACCCAGUGUAAAUUUCUGUUCAUCCUAUAUGUCCAAUUCUGGAUAUGGAUCUUCAAGCUACUACUAUCUUGGAGCCUCCAGCCAGCAUGGAUCAUACCUAAGACGAUGCGGAGAAUCAGGGCCAAGCCUGUCUACUAUGGUCCCUCAAUCACCACAGCAGUCCCAGUUGGGGCAUGGUGAGUCCUCGGAGGCAAAUGUGGCGACAGGCGCAUCCUCAGCUCAGUCUUUGCGGCAAUCCUACCUGAGACACUCUGGUGAUUCAGAUGCCAGUUUGUCUGACAUGACGUCAGCUCAGUCGUUGCCGGGAUGCUGAGGGACCCAGAUGUGUAAAAAAUUAUGGCGCGAUUUGUGCAUACAUUGAGGCAUGUAACAUAGGUGAGAGAAACAUGCAUAGAAUAUUUGUUGUUGUUUUUUUUUUGCUUUGGAGUAGCCAGUUUUCUUGUGCUUGUGUGCAUAUUACAGGUGACAGGAAGAAUAUUUAUUUGUAUGUAACCUGGUAGGGUGAAACAAUUUGUUUGUUUGAAUGUGUCUGUCACUUGUAUUGACUGGAGGCUUUGGCAGGCUGGCAGUUUUUUUUAUAA